AUGAUACACUUUUAUUUUUUUCCCUUUCACCGGACUGGGACAGUAAUCGCUCGCGUUGCCUCUGGCGCGCUACACGCACACGACGGCCAUGGUUCAGUUGGGGUUUGGAGGGUUCAGGAGAUGGGCCGUAAAGGAUGGAAGAGUACGAUGAACGCGUCAUGUCAGCGCAGGGAAGAGGGCGGCCGGGGUGCCUGGGUUCCUGGCUAA